AUGGCCACCGCCGCGGAGACCAUCCAGGCGUCAGGCCCUGCGGCUUCCGUCCAGGACCAGACGCUUCUUGUCUUUGCGCGCCUCAUGGAGGGCGGCCAAGAGGACGAGGAGACAUGCCGGGACCUGGAUCUGCUCACCAAGAUGCUCGACGACGACGCGGCCGCCCGCGCGGCCGAUCCGGCGCACCACCGCUCCAUCUGUCGCGUCAUCGACUCUGACUGCGUCGACACCAUCCUCUGCUACCUCGACAUGCGCCAGCCGGACCUGGUGCGCGGCCACGCUGUGCUCACCACCUCGGCCUACAUGCGGGCCGCUGCCGACGACGCCUCGGACAAGCUGCGUGCCUUCUUCCUUGAUCGCAUUCAGCGCCGCACCUACGACGACUACAUUGUCGCCUUUUGCGUCGCCGCCGCCGCCUUCCCCAUUGUCCCCGACCUGACGACGGAAAUGUUUCUGAACGAGGGCUUCCUGAGCUCGCUGGGGCCGCUGAUUCGCAGGGAGUGGAAGAGCCGCAAGGUCGAGACGGCGUGUCUGGAGAUGCUCAACGCCGCGUGCAUGGACGGACGCUGUCGGGAGGCCAUUCAAAAGUACUGCGUCGACUGGCUCGAGGAGAUUGUGGAACAGUAUACUAUGGAUAUGGGGAAGAGAUUAAGCGAAGACCCGAACUUACAAGGAGAAGAAGGCUCCGUCUCGAUGAGACAACAUUCAGAGCAAGUGCAAUAUCUUGCAGCCGUCAUCUUGGCCAAACUCCGGGCUGUUCCCAAGCCGUCCGGCCCGAAUGCGCCCCGCGUUGAGUCCGCUGUCACGUCGUUAUUUGACCUCGCUGGCCUGUUCAUCAAGAUGAUUGUCCGCAAUGAGGACCACGGCAAGCAACACGCCAUUGAAGGACUGGCAUAUGCGUCUCUGCAACCGCAAAUCAAAAAGGUCAUUGUCAGCAACGAUCUGCUUCUCAAGAAGCUGCUCGAAACACUCUCCAGCGCGCCACCCCGUUCACCGACCACAUACGGUGCCUUGAGCAUCUUUCAAAAUCUAACACGGUACCGCCCGCCUUUCACCGAAGAUGAGAAGAAAAUGUCACAGCUGCAAGCCUACGCCAAUGCAGAGGGCAAGCUGCCGGCAAUGGACCCACUAGAUGAUGAUGAGCAUGUCGAGAAGCGAUGCGCGGCUGUCUUUGCGGCCGGCAUCACCCCCGUGCUUGUUGCCCAUGGCAAGCACGAUUCUGCCGCCGCCCUCGGCAUCAUUGCCAACAUUCUCCUCUCACUCACAUCUAUUAAGAGUAUCCGCGGGCAGCUAGCCCAACAAGGUGCCGUACCACUUCUUCUUAUUGCCUGGAACAGUCUCAAGGAAGAGCAGGGCGAUGCACGACGCAGCGCUGCGCAGGCCCUCUCGCGCAUCCUCAUCAGUAUCAACCCCGCACUCGUCUUUGGCGGCACGAGGGCGAACCCCAUUGACGCGGCCAUUGCGCCACUUAUCUCCAUCCUGCCGACCGACCCGGCCUCGGACCGCCGCGACCUGCUCCCGACCUUUGAGGCCCUCAUGGCGCUGACCAACCUGGCGUCCAUGGAGGGCGACACGGGCAUUGCGCACCAAAUCAUCCGCCACGCCUGGUCCCACAUUGAGGAGCAGCUGCUCGCGUCGAACCGGCUCGUCGCCAAGGCGGCCGUCGAGCUCGUUUGCAACCUGACGCAGUCGCCCGACGGCAUCGCCCUGUACGCCGACGGCAGCGCACACGCCGCCCAGCGCCUGCACAUUCUGCUCGCCCUCGCUGACGCGGAGGACGAGGGCACUCGCAGCGCCGCCGGCGGAGCCCUCGCCGCCUUGACCGCCUACGAGCAGGUUGUGCGUGCCGUCGUCCACCGCAAACGCGGCGUCGCCGUUCUCCUCGGCCUCUGCGUCGACGACAGUGAUGACCUGCGCCACCGCGGCGCCGCCAGCAUCCUGAACAUGGUGCUGGCCAAGGGUGUCAUUGGCAGCGACGCGCGCGACAAGAUUCGCGAAGAGGGCGGUGUCGAUAUCCUCAAGACGUGCCUCAAGAAGAGCAGGCGGCCAGAGGUAGUACAGGCGGCUGUGCAGGCACUAAAGCCGCUAGUGGAGAAACAACUGACUGAAGUAACUGAAGUGGACUAA